GUUAUACUUAUAUUCUUGCGACGUUUCAUUUAAUUGGGAAAACCCCUUUUUUUCUAAAUCAAAUCUCACUCCUUUCCAAAAAAAAAACCCAAAACCCCUAUCCCAUUCGGAAUGAGUUUAUAGUACACACACAAUCCCACUCGUUUCCAAAAGAAAACCCCAAUCCCAUUCGAAAUGAGUUUAUAGUACGUCAAUAUAUACUGGUAAGGGUAGAGUACGUGAUAUAAAUCUAGAUCCAUCAUCAGACGGAAUAAAGUUCUCCCGAGUAGGUGAUAUACAUAUUAGAUCCAUCAUCGCACGAAAUAAAGUUCUCUGGCCGCCGCAUGUUUAGGUAAUUAACUUUUUCGUCCGGCCACAAGCUGUGGAGGAGUCCUUCUGCGGAGAGAGAGCAUAAAAAGAUCUUGAUGGGGGGCGAGGCAUUAAUGGAACCACUCAAGAACAAGUCAUCGAGGAAGAAGUCUAUGACGGUUUCCACGGAUGAAGAAGCAGAUGUGAAUGAUCAGAAGAAGGAUUGCUACACGGGCUCAACGUUCCUUACGGACCAUCUAUUAAGCUGUCUGACAUCGGUUGUGUAUAGAAAUACAUACCACCAUAUAAAGCCUUGGGCUACUCCUCCUAACAUGUUGACCUUUUGGAAUGGAACCCCAAGUCUUAAUAUCGUAUCAGAGCAAAUUAAGCUCCAACGAGUAAUUAGAUCCUGUUAAGCCUUAAUAACGAGCACACGGACUACAAGAUUAGUCUGAUCCAACGCGCCACCAUCUUGCGGGGGCGUAUUAAGCUGUCCCACACCGGUUGUGUAUAGAAAUACAAACCAACAUAUAAAGCCUUGGACUACUCCUCCUAACAGGUUGACCUUUUAGGAUGGAACCCCAAGUCUUAAUAUGUAAGGUAUGAAUAAUUGUAUUGAUCUCCAUUGAAUACAAUAUGCAAGAUGAUGUUUAUAUACACGUAGGAGCUAUUGUGAUAGCGAAUGAGAUAAUUAUCACUAUCUACAAUUGUGGAGAUAAAAUAGUAGAAUAACAAUCUAGCUAACCG